AUGGGGCAGAUGACAGCUGCCAGUUGUCUGUCCGUAGUAGCGGGUGUGACGCUUGCUGGGGCAGAAAGUGGUUACGUCGCUGCGGUUGGAAUAGUAGGCAGAACUGGAGCAGGCAAGUCCUCACUGACAUUAGCACUGUUCCGCAUCAUAGAACCAGCUGGUGGCUCAAUUGAGAUUGAUAAUGUCGAUGUAACCAAGCUGGGAUUACAUGUUCUGCGAUCAUGUCUCACUAUCAUCCCUCAAGAUGCAGUUUUAUUUUCUGGGACAUUGCGUCUCAAUCUUGAUCCUUUAAACAAGCAUUCAGAUGAGGAAGUAUGCCAUGCACUUGAACAGGCACAUUUGAAGACUUUUGUGGAAGGUCAUGCUGCAGGCCUCAGUCAUGAGGUUACUGAAGGUGGUGAGAAUCUCAGUGUUGGGCAACGUCAGCUGGUCUGCUUGGCCAGAGCCCUAUUGCGUAAGACAAAAGUGCUGAUUCUAGAUGAGGCUACAGCUGCUGUUGACCUUGAGACUGAUGACUUGAUACAGCAAACAAUACGCACAGAAUUUGAACAGUGCACAGUCCUGACAAUUGCUCAUAGGUUAAACACAAUCCUGGAUUACAACAGAAUUAUUGUGUUAAACAAAGGAAAAGUAGUAGAAUUUGAUUCACCUCAGUCACUGUUGGAGGACAGGACCUCUAUCUUCUACAGCAUGGCCAAGGAUGCAGGCUUAGUGUAACUAAAACAAACAGAAUAUAUAUCAACUAGAAGAGGACAAAAACCAUAUGUUCCUCCAGUUCAAAAAUCCAAUCGUAUCCAACUGCUUCUUUCAAGAGAAGCAUGGUUAGCUGUAAACAGUUUAAUGAUUUCCAGAAGAAACUAUGUAUGGACACAAACAUACUUUUUGCCAGUAUUGUGUUUUUGUUCAGGACAUAGAAAACAGUACAAAAUCAAGAAUAACAGAUGCUACUUGACAUCCAUCAUUUAUCUUCAUAAUCGUAAAUGAUUGUUUAAUUUAAUGCUGUACAUGAUAUUUUGAAGCAAGAACUUGCCAAGAUUAUCAAGAAACAAGCUCUUUUUCUCAGCUUCACCACAGCACAUUUUUUAAUCGCAUUUAACCUUCCAGCACUUGAUAAGCUAUCCAUUUUAGCACAUAUUUUGCAGAGGGAUAUUACUAAUACCAAUAAGUUAAUACAGUAUGUUUCUUGGUGAUCUUGCUUCCAUAGCCAUGUAAACUUUAGGCAUCCUGUGUACAAGAUGCCUAUGUUCAUUUUCUUUUAUAUUAGUGACUCAAUGACUCUUUUGUAACUCACCUCUCAUAAUAUUGGUCCUUGCAGUUUUAAUUCCACCAUGUCUUCUGUUACGGUCUUUUUAUCUGGCACAGGCAAAUAUUACUAUUUUUUAUGAUGACAAUGACAGUGGGAGGUGAUAAAUCAAUUUACUUCCUGCACUUAAAUUGAGAAAUCCAAAGCAUUAAAAUGGCACUUUGUUGUUUUAUAUUUUUGGAUAGCUAAUUGAUUCAUUCCAUAGUUCAUUGUGGUAAAUAAUAACAACAUUGGAAAGUGUAGCUUCUGAUUUCCAUACUGAUGUUAAACUACAAUGUGAAAGCCUUGUUGCUGGUGGCAGAUGUGAUACAUCAUCCUCUUUUGUGUUUUAUUGCAUUAGUUAUUACAAAAGUACUUAUUUAUUUUGUAUUCAUCCGUGUCAAUUUUGUCAGUGACACAUUACAUCACAGGACAUUUAUGUAAAUGUAUAUGCAUUAUU